AUGAAUGAACAAAUUCUCUUCUUAUCAGCUACAGCCCCACUGGCCACACUGAACCAGGGCAAAGUCAAAAGAGCCUUAGCACUUCCUCACGAGGACUGUAAUGAGUUGCCACUGCAGCCUUUUAAUCUGAACAAUAUGUUGGUGAAGAAAUAUGGGAAUGUUUUUGGCCUGCAUUUUGGUAACGUGUCUUCAGUGCUCGUAACUGGACUGCCCUUAAUCAAAGAAGUUCUUUCUCAGACAGACCAGUCCUUCMUGCACCGCCCUGUAACGCCUGUCCGAGAACGUGUCUUUAGGGAAAAUGGACAGCCUUUCAACCCUCACUUCAAGAUCAACAAUGCAGUUUCAAACAUUAUUUGCUCUAUCACCUUUGGGGAGCGCUUUGAGUACCAGRAUGCUCAGUUCCAGGAGCUGCUGAAGUUACUGGAUGAGGUCACRUUUCUGGAAGCUUCGAGAUUCUGUCAACUCUACAAUGUCUUUCCAUGGAUAAUGAAAUUCCUCCCUGGACCUCAUCAAACUGUCUUCAGGAACUGGGAAAAGCUGAAAUUGUUUGUUUCUCAUGAAGUUGAAAAACACAGGAAAGACUGGAAUCCUGAUGAGUCAAGAGACUUUAUYGAUGCUUACCUCAAGGAAAUUGUGAAGUACACAGACAAGAAUGCUUCAAGUUUCGAUGAAGAGAACCUCAUCUGCAGCACCCUGGACCUCUUCUUUGCUGGAACUGAGACAACUUCUACAACACUGCGCUGGGGUCUGCUUUACAUGGCCCUCUACCCAGAAGUCCAAGGUGAGAGUCACAGCGAAUGUGCCUGGCCCAGGACACAUGGUACCUCCUGGCCACAUGGCACCUCCUGGCCAUAUGGCUCAAGGUUGGGCAGAAGCUGGCUGGGUGAGUAGGGAAAGACACAAUAGUCAGGAGGUGGUGCAGUCUUGAGCGUGCACACAUCCAUCACUUUAUAGACAGGAAUGUGAGGGGUCCAGGUAGGAUAAGUGUUAAA